CCACCCACCAACUCGCCACCCACCAACUCACCACCCACCAACUCACCACCCACCAACUCAACCAACUCACCACCCACCAACUCACCACCCACCAACUCACCACCCACCAACUCACCACCCACCACCAACGAACUCAACAACUCACCACCCAUUAACUCGUUACCCACCAACUCACCACCCACCAACUCACCACCCACCAACUCACCACCCACCAACUCACCACCCACCAACUCGCCACCCACCAACUCGCCACCCACCAACUCGCCACCCACCAACUCACCACCCACCAACUCACCACCCACCCCACCCACCAACUCACCACCCACCAACUCACCACCCACUAACACACCACCCACCGAUUCACCACCCACCAACUCACAACACACCAACACACCACCCACCGACUCACCACCCACCAACUCACCACCUACCAACUCACCACCCACCAACUCACAACACACCAACACACCACCCACCGACUCACCACCGACCAACUCACCACCCACCAACUCACCACCCACCAACUCACCACCCACCGACUCACCACCCACCAACUCACCACCCACCAACUCACCACCCACCAACUCA